CAGUUCUCCUCCAGUGAAUGUACAGUAAAAAGUCAGACGAAUCGUAUUGCUUCACGCAGCCUGCCCGAUCCGUCAUUUUUUUCCCUCUCCAUAAAUCCCCCUUCAUCCCUCUCUGCUGCCCUCCAUUCCCUCCAUUCCCUUCGGUCCCAUUAUUUCUAUACCGUCGAGCUCCACAGAUUACCCUCUAGAUCUCCAAGUCUCGAACCUUAUCUAGUCCAUCAUGACAGCCCCGGCUUAUUUCGAGCGAUAUAAACAGCUGGCCUCCAUAGAGCAAGAUAAGAACAUUUUGAUCGAGGAACUUUUGCAGCGGGUUACAGAGCUCGAAUCUGCUUUCCAGCAAGAGAAGCUCGACCAUGAGCGCGAAACGCGGUUUAAUCGCGAUAUUCAGCUCCAUGAGAUGGAUUUAAUGCAGCAGAUCGCGCGAAUCAAGGCCAUUAUGGAUCGCGAGCCCUUCAUAGUCGUGCUUCUAGAUGGGGCUGGGAUACUAUUCCGGGACGAAUUCCUACAAGCAGGGGAAGAGGGUGGCAAGAUCGCAGCAAAGAAGCUCUCUAUCUCCCUCAAAAAUUAUGUUUUCGGCAAUUUUCCGGGCAUUGAAAUCCCCAAGAUAAUCGCAAGGAUGUACGUCAACAUAAAAGCCCUUGGUGAGAUCUGUGUUCGAGGUGGGAUCACCGCCGACCCAUCGUCAGUUGAGGAAUUUGCUAGAGGCUUCAAUAGUCAUCCACUAUUCGACCUCGUGGAUACUGGAGUGGACAGCGCACAUGAGAAGAUCGGAGAGGCCUUCAAACUCAAUUUAUAUAACUGCCACUGCCACCAGAUCUUCCUGGGGUGCUCCGAUGAUAGCGCAUACGCCCAAAUUCUGGUAGACUCUUUGGACGAGCUUGAUCUAUUAGGAAGAGUGUCCCUGAUCGAGGGCACUCCCUUUGGAGAAGACCUGAACAGUAUCAAGGCAUCCUACCGAGUCUCGCGAUUUCCGGAGAUCUUCCGAGAUACGAAGAUAACGCCUAUCUUGGCCCCAUGGAAAGCCGCGGUGGCUUCCAAACCACCGCCUGUUCUCACCCCAUCACCAAACCAGCGUGCAGUAUCACUCUCAAGGUCCUCAACCAAUACCUCCACAAAUGCCAGUACAUCAUUAUCGUCCACAUCGGCAAGACCCCCAAGCCCAGGAGAAUUCCAAGUGGUGCAAUCGAAAUCCGUCGCUUCCGCGCGACCGAAAAUCGUGGAACGAAAUAAAUACGGUCAACGAGUAGACCGGCUGGAUUUCAAAAGUAUUCCACGAGAUGACAUGAAUCGCCUGAAGAAACUAAAACUCUGCAAUCUUUAUUAUCUCUUAGGCGAAUGUACAGUUGACAACUGUCAGCACGACCACUCUCGCAAACUGACCAAGAACGAGCUCUCAAUUCUGACAGCCAUCGCCCGCAUGACUCCUUGCCGGUAUGGAUUGGACUGCGACGACCCCGAAUGUACAUAUGGACAUCGGUGUCCGCACACCGAUCCCGGGAAAAAGGAUUGCUACUGGGGUUCAAGUUGUCGAUUUGAUCCUGCCGCGCAUGGCGUCGAUACCAAUAUCGUUAAAGUAACGAAGGUCUAAUACCCCCCCUUCUGCCCUCCCUCCCCUCGCUUGUCCUACAAGCACUGUGAACAAUUGGCAAGCGCUGAUCUGCCCAAGUAAUGACUUUGCACAUGCAAGAUGGAUCGUCUCCCGGUUUUGCCUUUUUUUUUCCCAACCAAAAUUGCUCUUGGCCCAUUCACUUCUUAUACUUGGUUUGUUCUCAUAGCACAUAUCUAUCAGACCCUGCAGUUACUUGAUAUCCC